GAACGCCAGCCAUUCUGUGUGACUUACUCGUAGUGAUUGAUGCUGCCGUUUAUUCCACAUCCCUGUUGAAGCAUAGGCUACAUCGCGUGGCUGUCAUGGUUAUUUUAGAGGCUCUCUACAGAAAGAUGUUGCUCCUCUAGCGGUAAUUCAGUUCACACAUACACACACAUACACACACAAGGCUCUCCGCGUGCAGAGGCUCGCGACCAGCUGUGCGACGCGGCGCUGCCUCCCGGUUGAACGGCGGCAGAAGGAUGGCUCUGCGUUGGACGGUCUCUCUGUAUUUGUCCUCGGUGGUCUAUUAACAGUUUAAUUAGCUGAUAACACACGUUUGACAUUUACGACGAACUGGUGUGGGAGCGUCGAUAAACGCACCGCUCUGAGUAUGGAAAAGCAGUCCAGGUUUGAAGACCUCUGAUCAUAUUGGCUCCACGGCCAGCCAGGUGGCCAAUCAAGCGACAGCCAGGCUCACUAAGGAGGGAGACCAAUAGUGAGACUGGAAGACCCUCUUUCCACACCCACACUGCUUCACCCAUCCCACUCCAUCGUCACCGCCAUGUCUAUACCCAGCGGCAGCCCAGAAAGAGAGGGCUCUAGUGGGGCUCUCCCUCAGCUGGAGUGCCCUUCUUCCCCUCCCAGCAUGGACCCAGACCCCCCGUCAACGGGCAGCCCAGUGCUCAGCCCAGACUCAUCUUCCCAUGAUGCAUUGCUGUCAGCACCAGCGGCCUCCCCGGCAGACUCAGAGAACCUGAGUCCUGAUGAACUGGAGCUGCUGGCUAAACUGGAGGAGCAGAACAGGUUGCUGGAAGCUGAUUCCAAGUCCAUGCGCUCGAUGAGCGGUUCACGGCGCAACAGCGGCUCCUCACUGGUGUCUAGCUCCUCUGCCUCCUCCAACUUGUCACACCUGGAGGAGGAUACCUGGAUCCUGUGGGGCCGCAUCGUCAACGAGUGGGAAGAGUGGAGACGCAAGAAGGAUAAACUCCUGAAGGAGUUGAUCAGAAAGGGCAUCCCUCAUCAUUUCCGGGCCAUCGUCUGGCAGCUGCUGGGCAACGCCACUGACAUGCCGGUGAAGAACCAGUACUCUGAGCUGCUAAAGAUGUCGUCCCCCUGUGAGAAGCUCAUCCGCAGAGACAUCGCCCGCACCUACCCCGAGCAUGAGUUCUUCAAAGGCCAGGACAGCCUGGGGCAGGAAGUCCUCUUCAAUGUCAUGAAGGCGUACUCUCUGGUGGAUCGAGAGGUGGGCUACUGCCAAGGCAGCGCAUUCAUCGUUGGUCUGCUGCUUAUGCAGAUGCCAGAGGAGGAGGCGUUUUGUGUUUUUGUGCGUCUGAUGCAGGAGUACCGUCUGAGGGAGCUGUUCAAACCCAGCAUGGCUGAGCUGGGCCUCUGCAUCUACCAGUUUGAGUAUCUGCUUCAGGAGCAACUUCCAGAGCUGAACGUCCAUUUUCGAUCCCAGAGUUUCCACACAUCCAUGUAUGCCUCGUCCUGGUUCCUCACCCUUUUUCUCACCUUCCUCCCUCUGCCUGUCGCCACACGCAUCUUUGAUAUUUUCAUGUAUGAGGGCUUAGAGAUUAUCUUCCGUGUGGGCCUGGCCAUCCUGCAGUACAACCAGACUGACCUCAUUCAGCUGGACAUGGAGGGCAUGUCGCAGCAUUUCCAGAAGGUGAUCCCCCACCAGUUUGACAGCUGCCCAGACAAGCUGAUCCUCAGGGCCUACCAAGUCAAAUACAACCCCAAGAGGAUGAAGAAACUUGAGAAAGAAUAUACCACAAUCAAGAACAAAGAAAUGGAGGAACAAAUUGAGAUCAAGAGGUUACGCACAGAAAACAGGCUGCUAAAGCAGAGGAUUGAGACGCUGGAGAAGGAGAGUGCUGCUCUGGCAGACAGACUGAUACAGGGUCAGGUGACGAGGGCACAGGAAGCAGAGGAGAACUACGUGAUAAAGCGGGAGCUGGCGGUGGUGAGGCAGCAGUGCAACACAGCCAGCGAGAGCCUUGAGAAAGCGCAGGACACCAUCAGAGAGCUACAGCAACAGAGGUACACAGAGCCGUUUGUGAGCAAUCUGCAGACCCAGCUGGAGCAGUCCAGACUGCGCGAGGCCGAACUGCUGGGAGCGAUGAAGGAAAUGCAAGACAAGGUCCUUGACCUGGAGAAGAGGAGCAGCUGCCUGCCUGAUGAGAACAACAUGGCGGCUCUGCAGGAGGAGGUGAAGCAAAUGAAGUUGAGGGAGCUGGAGACGCUGCGCUCAUUCAAAGAAAUGCAGGACACCGUCACUGAGCUCAACCAGCGCUGGCAGCAUCACAUGUCCCGUGGCAGCAGCACAGGUGGUGGGGGUGGCCACUGGAAGGAAUCCCCAAAGAAGAAUGCCAUGAACGAGCUGCAGGACAAGCUGAUGACGGUCAGACUGAGGGAGGCCCAGGCUCAGGCUGAGCUCCGAGAGGUCAAACUCAAAGCCCUGCAGCUGGAGAGCCAGAACCAGAUCCACAGCAAGCUGAUUGGUCGCAAUGAACAGGAACGCUCUGCCCUGCAGGACCGGCUCCAGAUGCUGGCCAAUCAGAACAAAGCCCUCCAGGCCCAACUCAGCGAAAUGAAACGGAAGCAGGCAGAGUCCGACUGCAAGAGUAAAGAGGAGGUGAUGGCGGUGCGACUGAGGGAAGCAGACAGUAUGGCUGCCAUGGCUGAACUCAGGCAGAAGAUCGCUGAACUCGAGAUACAGAAGGAGGAAGGGCUGAUCCAGGGCCAGCUGAACCACUCAGACUCCAGACAGUACAUCAACCAGCUCAGGGACCAGAUCGCUGAACUCAAGAACGAGAUCAGGCAGUUGCGAGGGCAGAAGGCAGCCCCCAGGGUCAGCGGUGGAGGCGGAAGUACCAACUACCAGGAUCUCUGUCUGGCCAGCCCCGCCUCCGCCGAGGGUGACUAUCUGAGCUCAGACGAGGACCUCCUCCCCAGCCCGCUGCCUGCCAACGCCCUUUACCCCACCCUGACCGGCCCGUGUCACCCGUCUGCCCGCCUCGACAGCGAGGGCAGCACAGACAGCGAGGCAGAGGAGCGGGUGCGGACACAUCCGGACCCACAGCAGCUGUACAGCAGCAUGGUGUGCGCUGAGGCGCUGGAUAACUGAGACCUGGAGGAGGCGUGAAGGUUUCAUUGGAUUUCUUUGACCUAAAGAGACACUGGAGCUCAACAGGACAGGACUGCUACUGUAAACUGGGACUGUAUUAUCCAAUCCAGUCCUCCUCCUCGGCUUUUCCAGUGUUUACCUUUAACUUGAUGCAGACAUAGUGGUAGUGAUUGGACCUCUUCUGAUCAUCACUACCUGUCGUCUCCGCUCCUGUCACAACCUUGUUCCACCACCUUGUUCCCCACUCUGUCCGGUCCUGUUUUCCCUGACAAAGAGGUAAUGUAAAACCUCUCUCCCACGUGUAACUGCGCCAGAAAUUGUCCACCAAAAAAAAAAAAAAAAAAAAUCCAUCCAAACAAACAUAUGACACACAAACAAACUGAAACUGGACCAGCAAGACUGUUGUUGCCGCACGCUGCUCGAGAUGGACCACUGGACCUAAAUCUGUGACUGUGACGAGGAGUGAAACAUGGGUAGACAGACAGAAAAUAUCUCUUCCCUCUCCCUAUAACCUGAGUAAUAGACACUUGACGCACUCUAUGCUCUGUCUACCCUUAUAUCACUCUCCUUCCUGAUUGGUUCAGAGUUAAAUACAUCUUUAUCCUCUCUUUGCCCUUUUUUGCCUCUCAUUAGGAAGACACACACAAAAAAAAACUUGUAUCAGCCACCCAUUUACCUCUCAGUAGACCAAGUGUUAAUAUAAAAGGUGAUGAGUACAAGGAGAGGUGCAGUGUAGGAUUAUGUACACAUCAAACUUUAGGGAUAUCGCAAGAUGGCAUUCAUAAAUGAAUCAUGAACACUUUAUCAUACUAAAUAUGUAUGUUGUCUGUGGCUUGCAGAUCACAAGAAGGCAAGCGAGUUAAUACAACAGUUCAUGUCAAAACAUAUUCACCAUCACCCACAAAAAAGGAAGAAAGAAACUUGAUGUUGCCAAAUCUUUUAUUUUGUUUUUUUUAAUUAUUUAUAUGUUGUAAUUUAUUUUUUAUUUUUAUUUUUUAUAUAUCUAUAUGAAACUAUAGGAGUGUAGAGAUACCGACAGAGGCCAAACUUUCUACACAGUCCUUUGUGCCAACUAGUUGUCUGUUACAGGUUUACUGUGACACCAGGUGUUUCAGAUGGAAAAUGUGCUGCUAUGAUUUUAGAUUUACUUCUUCACUUUUGUUCUUUCUGUUUUGUUUGGGGGGGGGGGGUCUGUUAACUCUGCCAUAGAUUUGGUUGACAACUACUGUGCAGAUUGAUCAAAUAUGAAAACUGAGCAGUUGAUUCCUCCCUGGAGCUUCUCAACAUUUAGCAAAGAUGGGAACAAUUUGGUUUCCUUCAAAACAAAGCAUUAUCAUUGUGUAUGUGUGAAUUAAAGGAAUAGUUUGGCAUUUUAGGAAAUACAUUUAUUCUUUUCGUCUGUAAAAUAUGAAGCUACAGCCAGGAGAUAGUUAGCUUAGAGGGGGUUAUGUGCUGGAUUAUUUCUUGUUAGUUUGCAUUUAACCCCGUGUUAAACCCAAACUUGUUUUUACACUAACGUUUAUGAACAGGACUAAGUAAAUUUUGCUGAACUGUGGCCACAAGUGGUAUAAUAGAAAGUGCUAAAACAUAGUUAAGCACAUGUAGAAAAGAGUCAUAAAGUCGGUGAACUGCCUCAGUAAUGUAAAAUACAAAUACAAUGCACUAUCUAGCUAAGGUUUGCUAACAUUAUAAGCUACUGGUCAUACCAGACCAAAUGAGGCUGUAGCAGCUAGUAAAAACCCUGAGAGUGUUGAAUUGAGCAGGAGUGCAUUUUAUUGCUUAUCAAUUAAACUUUUAACUUAUAAAAGGAAGAAUUUAUUUCCUCUUUCAAAAGUUACAUACGUUUGCUUUAAUCAAACAAGAUACGUGUUAAUUUGUGAGCUUUAGAGGUGGAUUUUUUUAACCUAUGGACAGAGCUAGGCUUGCUGUUUCGCUCUGUUUCCAAUCUUUAUGUUAAGCUAAGUUAAGCUAACCAACUCAUGGCUGUAGCUUCAUAUUUAAUAUACAGACACGAGAGGUGGUAUCAGUCCUCUCAUCUAAGCGAAUAAGCACAUUUCCCAAAAUGUCAAACUAUCCCUUAAGUAUCAGUGUCAUAUGCAAGCAAAAAUAAAUCCAGGUAACAGUGCUCAUCUGGAGUCAACAGUUCAUGUGCUCAUUUCACUUUUGACAGCUAAAACUGCAGCAUGUGGGCCAAUGAAAGUGGAGGGAGUCGCUCAUAUUGUAAGGAUGCCAACAAAAAGGCUGUCGUCAUGACUGGAGAGUGUGUGGGUGGAAAAUAUUUUACAUAUCAAACAUUAAUAUAUUCUGUGUAGGAAAAAAAGAGGUGUAAAUGUAUGGAGAAAUAUGAAAUAUACAGUGUAAGAGGAACAAAAGUAUAUAGGUAAGAUUUAAAGCUGUAUCACUGUCAGUCAAGUCUUACUGAAGAGGGUGAGUGUGUGUAGUUUAUGACAGGGUGUCAUAUGUAGAGCAGUGAUCAGCUUUUUGCACUACAUAGAAAGAGGAACUCUCUGCUCACGACAUUAAGCAGUGAGAGAUGCUGUGGAUUAAUGGAUUCGUGGUGGGAUUUUUUCUUACUAUAUUCAGCUCUUCAGAGGGACCUUGAUGUUAUCUAAGUACUUCGCUCCAAGAUUAUCCAUCCAGACUUUGUGUUGUGCUUCAUUAUUCUUCAGACUGAUGUUGGAAGAUUUUCUCUAAAGGCCCACUUUCUGUUUCACAAUGCUAACUAACAUUUUUUGUGCAAUACAAACGAAGGAAUGGUGAGGAGAUCAUUAUUGCCACCUUCUCAGAAAUAAGGAAAUUGGAUCAUCCAGUAAUGGCCAUCAAAGAGCUAAAGAGGAUGUUGGUUUGCCCACCAUACUGUUGCACAUAACAGCCUUUUAGUGGUCAUUGGUGGGUGUAACAACUGAAAUCUCUACACUAGAAUUAGUGUUUGGAUAUCGUCAGACCAAAUGGUUGUACAAAUGGUUUCAGUUGAAUUCCUUCUAGUUCUUAGUAUGUACAGAAUGUAGACUGGCAUCAACUCGGUUUAGCAUGAGAUUUAUACCCUUAGAUUCAUUUACUUUGGGUCAUAACUGGCUGAAUUUCUCACUUAAAGUUAUAAUCCUUAAGAUUUUCAUUCUAUCAAACCUAAUUUUUGAUAAUAUUUAUGGCUGGCAAUAGCCAUUCAAUGCAUUUAUAUUCUGUAAUUGCUUCUUUGCAUAGUAGUUUUCAUUGUUACUGAUGGCAUCUGUCUUUCCCGUGUGGGAUUCAAAGGAUUUACAGGAAAAGAUUAUUUGCAAGACACAAGUCGGUGCAUGUGCGCUUUUCAUGUAAUGCACAAGGCAACACUGGAUGGAUCAUGAGUUCAGUAUUAUCGUGUCAGAAAACAUUGUUGACUGUCAUCUUUAAGGUGCCAGUAUACCACAUCAGGAUUGCUUGACAGAUGGUCGAAUAGCUUUUUUGAGCAUAACCUGACCGUUAGUCUUCUUUAUUAAAACAUCGUGAAGCGAUAAAUCCUCUCAGCCCAUGAUUUGUUUGGCUGUGCUGUAAACAUAUGAACAGGUUGCUCUUCUUCUGUUGCUUUUCUGACAGAGUAACCACUCAAAGCAUGUUUCAAACUGAUCUCUGGGAGCCGUAUUAUUAAAACGCGUUUUCCAUUACCACCACUAACUAAAUGUUGCCAGAUCUACCACAACUUAAAUCUUAAGGAUUAUAACUCUUAAUAUUUCAGUUUGGAUUUCAGUCAAAUAAAUUAAAAUGCUUGGCUGGAAAUGGCUUUCAUUCAGGACUGAGUUUCAGUUUCCUUAACAAAAUUAACCCUAAUCUGGAACCAGAUCAGUGCUCAGUGUCCUUCAAGGCAUUACAACACUUCUGUACACUGUUCAGUGAUGGUGCUCUGUUCUCACCACUGUCUAAAUACAACUCUAUCUACUGUGAUGAAACAUUUUGAUAUGUUUGUAAAUUACUUUUGAAUAUAGUACUCGCUCUCAUCCUUAAUGUUAUUUUUAUAAUUACCAUCAGUACUUUGGUUUCUCCUGCUAACAGCAUUACAUGAGAUGAUAAUGAUUAAACAUCAAUGUGCCAUAAAAGUAGGUAGAUUUACACACUAUGCUAAAUGACUUAAUGUAUGUUUAGCGAGGGUUUCGUCGACAAGUCAGCCACUACAGCCCUACAUUAAACAGCCAUGAAAUAUAAAGUGAAUGUGGUGUGGAUCAUUUUAAAACUGGAACAUCCACACACAUUUUCCAUCAUUUAAGAAGUGGGAAAUAAGACGAUGCAGCGCAAAACAGUGUGUCACAUGUGAGUUUUUCCUUACAAACAAUAAGAAAAAACAGUGUUCAUCCUGGUUAGUCCAGUGUAGGAUUUCUCAGAUUUAUGUGCUGUAUGUGACGGCUGUUUGAUAUCCACAGCAUCAUACCCAGGUACCUUGUCCACCCUCUCUCUUUCUGUCUUGAAAUUCAACUGAUGUUAUCAAAAUAUAUUAAAUGACAGUAAAGAUUAUAUAAAUUCCAGUAUGAUGGGGGGAAAAAUACAUUUCAGUGUUCUGUAUCCUAUGAAUGAUACAAAAUAAACUUUGACAUUGCACCUUU